AUGCUGGCGUGCGGCGUGGAUGGGGCGGUGGAUGUGUUCGACGUGACGAGGCCCGGGCGAACGCCGGCGACGCGCGCGGAGACUCGAAGUAGGGACGAUUUAGAUGGGGGAGGGCAACGGGGAUUGGUGUCGUGCGUCGACGCGUGUCCGACGGAGAAUCAUUUGUUUUGCGCGGGGUCGUACGCGGGAGGGCGAGACGCGAUCGAUUGUGGGGUGUACGACGCGCGCGCGGAGGGCGGUCGCGCGUGCAGUUGGUCCGCGCGCGGCGGCGGCGUCACGCAAGUUCGAUGGAGCGUCGAUGGAAAUUUUAUUUACACCGCGAGUCGCAGAAGUGAUGACAUUUUGUGCGUGGACGUGAGAAAUACGCUCGGUGUGGUGUACGCGCUGAAACGCGCGGCGCACGGGACGAAUCAAAGGAUUCGGUUUGAUUUAGAGCCGUGCGGCGCGCACUUAGUCACCGGCGGCGUCGACGGAUUCGUGCGCGCGUUCGAUUUGCGCACGGGCGAAGAGGUCGGCCGCACGCAAGUAUCCCCGAACGGUGCGUGCGUGAACGCGGUUUCGUUUCAUCCGUAUUCGUGCGCCGUCGCGGGCUCGAGCGAGAAAUUUCGCCGACUCGCGUGCGUCGUCGGCGAGCGCGUCUUCGUCGACGUUUCCGGUGAUGACUCCGACUCCGACGACUCCGACGACUCCGACGCCGUUAAACGGAACGAUUUCGGCGUGUCUUUUUGGGAUUACCCGACGAUCGAAGCGUCGUGGGCGUGA